GUUUUUCUGGUCCUGCCCUAUGGCCAUUUCCACGAUUGGAGACCUCUUGGCUCAAGUAAUGUAUUUUGUUGUUAACAUACACACUUCUGAGUCUCGUCACGAUGCACAUCUCUAAGGACCACCGCAAGACCAUUCUGUCCACCCUCUUCAGCGAGGGUGUCAUUGUCGCCCACAAGAACACCAACGCCGAGAAGCACAAGUACAUCGCCGAUGUCAGCAACCUCGCCGUCAUCAAGGUCUGCCAGUCCCUCACUUCUCAGGGCCAUGUCACCCACCAGUACAACUGGAACUUCCACUACUACGUCCUGACCGACCAGGGCAUCGAGUACCUGCGCGGUGUUCUCGGUCUCCCCGAGAAGGUCAUCCCUGAGACCCUCAAGGUCAAGGCCGUCCCCACCCCGAUCGCUCCCCAGAACGACCGCCGUGGCCCCGCUCGCCGUGGUCCCGGUGGCGCCGAGGGUGGCUUCCGCAGCAGCCGCUUCGCCGGUCCCGAGCGCUCCAGCUUCCGCUCUGCUCCCCGUGCCCCCGCUGCCGCUCCCCAGCAGGCUUAAAUCGGUUUCUCCUCGCUCCUUUUUUUCCCGAUAGAGGCGAGAGGGACUGAUUUCUGUGAGUGCGCGCGCGCGCGUGCGGUGCAGCAUGUGUGAGCAGGGGGUGAUUGGGUGUGCGCGUGCAUGCGUGUCCUUUUAGUGUGCGCGUGUGCGCACGCGCGCGUGCCCUUCUCUCAAUGGAAGAGAGCGGAGGGGGGGAUCGCGCUUGUCGUUGUUGUUGUUUCCCCUACGGCGACGGCGGCGCGGCGGAUGUGUCCGGGGCGGCGGCUCCGGUUGGUUCCCUCCUCCCCCUCCUCGCUGCGCGCGCGUAUUUUGCGCUCUCUCGGCCUCACCCGCCGGGGGUGUUCCUCCUUCUCCCCCUCUCACGUCAGGCGUGUGAUGGUGGUGGGGGGAGGGCGCGCGGCUCCUCGGGGGCAUCCCCCUUUCCCUUGUCGUGUCAUGCACAAUGUGACUCUCUUCUCCCCUCUUUCCUCUCUUCUCCCCCCUUCCCUCUCCCGCACACAACAAACCAUUCUCUCCAAAUCAUGUCC